GCUGCAAAAGAUAGAAGAGGAGAGUUGUCCCCAACAUAAAAGGGAAGGCAGUGACAGAAAGAGGCAAGCAGAGGAUGGUGGAUGGCAGAACAGAGACUAUCAUCAAUGACAUUUUCUUCACUGAGCCCACCCCAGAAAUGAGCUCCCUUCCUGUGCACUCUCACAGCUCCUUGUCGUUGAAUCUCAUAUCACUGAUGAUAAUUUGCAGAGGAAUAAUUAAGUUGGUGAUUCACUUUAGGAUGUACUGCCCUCCGAGGCUGAAAGCUAAACACAUAGGGCCCACGUUACGCCCAGUGCCACUUAAGGAACUAAGGAUUAGUCACUGGCCCAAUGAAUGCAUCAGACACUCAGCUUCAGUUCCCAUGGCAACAGGGGCUAAUGGUCUAGAGACUAAGGAUGAGACAAAGACAAACGCAGAGAAAUGUGCGUGUUCUGUCUUCCUCUGA